AAGCUGGAGUGCUGGUGGCCUCAUCUGAAAAACUCUCUAGGAUGGGAUAAGAUGAGAUUUUCCUAACUUUUAUUCUUUCUCCUGUUUUUCCCUCCACCUCUUUCAUUAAUGCGUUCUUUCAAAGUGAUCGGUGUCAUUGCUAAGCAACUGGGAAUGCUGAUAUGCCUGGCCUCCCGUCCCUCCCCCUUUGUCCGACAAGGAUAGACUCUGCGUUUGCCCACUUUGUCAGGCAGCUCUCUCCCUGCCACACAUCCCACUGUGGACCUUGAUCUUGGAAUGUGUUUUCCUAUGAAAGAGCAAAGCGUGUGCUCAGUGAUCUGGCAGAGGGCAUGACUAAUCCUGGCAGGCUUUCUAAAGGAAAUUCUUUUACAAUCCAGGAGCAAGUCAGUGAGCUUCUCCUGCGCACACCACUCACAAAGUGCCUUGUGAAUUCCUUCCCAUAAGCUGGAAAUACUGCAGCUUCCCUCUGCUGGAGCAUCUGUGACUGCGGAAGACGGGUGCUCUGUUACCGUCUAAACGCUUCUUUGUCUGCGCACACUGCGAGGAAGAUGUGAUUUCCUUUUGUCCUGAUGAACACAGCGGCAGUUAUUAAUAUCCGAUGCCUCUGCCUUGCAUGGAUCUCGAUAGAAAGACUUCCUUUGUAGGCGUACACCACUUUUAGGAUAAAAAAAAAAAAUGCCCUGACUGGGGUGUAUAAAGCUGUAGAGCAGCAGGAUGAAUGUACAAAAUCUGGAGGAAUCCCCCAAGAAUGGAUAUGGCUCCCCAUUACUUUUUGACCACCGCAAUGGAAAUGAGGAGCAAAAGGCAACUUGUUCUGAAUGUGAAUGGAACGUGAACUCUAAUGAUCCAGCAUGGCACACGUAUCAAUCAAGUGAUGAUUCUGAUCCACAAGGGCCCAUUGGGCUGGAACUUGAGAGUGCAAUAGACUAUUCACAUAAAAAAUCUGAUGAUGAGAUUUCAGCAGUCAAAAGUCCUAACUGCAUUGGCACCAUAGAGUUAGAAGAAACCAUAGACUAUAUUAAUAAGCAGGAGCAGAGCUCUUUACCCUCGAGUACCCAUCUUUGUUCACACCAUAAAGUCCCUUGCUAUUGCAGUCAUUUCCAAUAUAUGCACAACCUCCAGAAUGUUGAACAACCUAUGCCUUACUUAAAGCACUCAUCUGACACCUAUUACAACAAACCUGAACAGCUCCGAGCUUUUCCAUGCACUGUAAAUCAGAGAGAUGAUGCUUGUGGCAAUCUUGCAUCUGAGCAGGUGGAGAUCUAUUCCCCAAUUACUAAGCACAAAGACAUGGAGACCACCCUGGGUUUGUUUUCAUCAUCGUGUGACACAAGCGGCGAAAUGCGAAUGAGGAAAAAUAGCCUGAUUUCUAGUGGCUCUGAAAAGCCAGUGAGUACCUCGUUGUUAGAAAGCUCUCCAUUACCCAAUACUUCCGCUGAGGUUUUCUCAACAUCUCUAAAAUGGACGAACAAUGUUCAGGAUUGCUGCCAAUCUGUUGAGCAUUCCAAUAAAGACUUGAAUUAUUUUGAAGUGCCUCCACACAUCCCUGAAGAUACCAAAGAAAGGGUGCUACUCAAUAAAGAGCCUGAAGAUGCAAACCAGGUAUCUGCCAUUCAUAGGGAUGUAAUUACAUGCAGUACACCAGUAGAGGGCGCUGAAAGGGCUUUUGAAAAUCUUAGUGACUUUGGCGCAGCCAUUAAAAUCAAUGAUGAUAUCAAUAAAAAUAGUGUGGGGUUUCUUUCCGCGACGGGUCAAGAAGCCAUUACCCAUGCAAAAGAUAGCGACCUCGAAGCCAAAGACAGGAAUGGUGUUCUCACGAAAGACGCCAAUUCUUUUACUAGAACACAAUCUUAUAGUUUAGAAUCAAAAGACCUGUUGAAUAUCUCGUCUGGGCUUAACUGUGAAGAGACAUUUUUAAUAACUAGUUCGCACACGGAUGACAAGGCCUAUACUUCCACUCCUUUGCCUGAGUCCAAGAAUAUGACUUUUGCUGUACCAUCAUUGGGAGAUUUGGGGCAAAUUGAGAUAAAGAAACCUGAGAAUGUCAAGCAGCCUAUGAAAGUGAAUAGUCUGGAAAAUAAAACUGGCCCUGGCAAUGUUGCAGGAAAACAAGUUGGUAAAAGACUGUCCACUGUGACAACUGUUAAAGCCAAGAAACCUGAGGUGGUCAGUUUUCCCAAACCUAACUUCAAGAAUGUAAAGGCAAAAGUGCUGUCCAGACCUGCAUUGUUGGGAAGGGAUUGCCCCACACCUAUCUCAAAGGCCUCUCCCAGGUCUUCACAGUCGGCAUCUAAUGCCUCAUCACCUGUGGCAUCUCCUAGAGCCGUAUCCUCUACUGUCAGGCUUGUGAGAAAGAAAUCUGCUCCUGAUCAGGACUCGAAAGCAGAGGCAGCUAUUGCUAAACUUCACAAACAACCAAUUAAUAAGCAGCUCUUCCCCAGCCAACAUGCACAUGCCCCAACCCAUACAAAAUAUGCUUCAGGUAAAGUUCCCAGAACGGCUGUCUUAAAGCAGACUCAGGAUGACAACGAGAGAGCAAGUUCUUCAAAUUCUACACGUUCAUCCAGCUCGGCUGCUGCCUUAACCUGCACGGCUGGCUCCAAAGUGACUGAAAACAAAGGGGAGAAGGCGAAGCCAACUUCUAAGCCUGCUGCUGUGAAUGGUGUACAUAUGGGGCCGGACACUAUUAAUCAGAAUGGCGUUGCUGAAGGGGUCUAUGAGAAAUCUGAACCCCACAAGGAGGGCUUCACUUCGGCUGAUAUAUUUGCCAGUGUAGAGCCCUUUUCUGCAAAGUUAACUACUCCCAGCAAGAACUUGCAUAAUCAGCUUCUGUCUUCCCUGAAAAACACGACCUCGCAGCCAGUUCUCACCUCCAAAGCCAGACUUCACUCCACUGAACAGCGGCGGGGAAGUGUGGGGAGGAGCGUAGUGACUGUCAGAGUGACAUCACCACCUGGAGGAAACCAGCAAAGUGCCGGGGGAGGUUCAAUCUCUCCCAAAGGGAAAUCUAGCACUUUUAAAGCUUCAGCACUGAUUGGGACAAGAUCACUACCUAGAACAAGAAUCCCAUGCAAAGGACCUACCAUCCAGAGAACACCUAGUGUGUCUUCAUUGUGCAGUGUGCAGAGUGAUCACAGCUCUGUCAGCACAAGAUCUACAACUACUGCCGCAAGCAGCAUCAAGACUGAUGAAGUUCCAGCAAAGUGCAUGAGACAGAAUGGCGUUGGUAUUGCUCAGCCAGCUAAAGUUACACUGUCAAGAGUAAGAGCUCAUUCACUGAAAACUACCCAGACAGGUGGGUUAUCCAGAAAUGUAGGAAAGCUCAAGGGGACAACACACUGUCAUUCUUAUGAUGUUUUGGUAGCAGAGCAAAUUCUUAAACUUUUCACAAAUGCGUGUUGCAACAUGACAUCUACUGCACCUUUUGUCACAUGA